AUGAGUGAUGUGACGGCUCCAUGCUGCGAAGACCUCUCCUCAGCUCCCCAUAGGUUCGGUGGUUAUUACCCCUCACCACCGCCACCGCCGCCACCGCCGCCACCGCCCUCCAGAAUCCUCUCGUCUCUGCCCUGUCGCCACCGUCUCCCGCCUACCUGCAGGAGAAACAGACACCAUAUGCCACAAAGCCGCGUGCUUCUGCUGAGAUUGUUACACCAGGACGGAGCAGGCGGUCACCCAGAACCUCCCCCUGGCCCGGACUGGGGCCUAGACUGGAGGCCUGGAUUGGGGCCUGGACUGGGGCGGGGCCUGGACUGGGGCCUGGACUGGGGGCUAGACUGGGGCCCGGACUGGGGGCUAGACUGGGGCCUGGACUGGGGGCCUGGAUUGGUGCCUGGACUGGAGGCUGGACUGGAGCCUGGAUUGGGGCCUGGACUGGGGGCCUGGAUUGGUGCCUGGACUGGAGGCUGGACUGGGGCCUGGAUUGGGGCCUGGACUGGGGCGGGGCCUGGACUGGGGCCUGGACUGGUGCCUGGACUGGGGCCUGGAUUGGGGCCUGGAUUGGGGCCUGGACUGGGGCGGGGCCUGGACUGGGGGCUGGACUGGGGCCUGGACUGGAGCCUGGAUUGGGGCCUGGACUGGGGCCUGGACUCUCAAUAG